AUGUUUUGCGACUGCUGCGGCGCCCUGCUGCGUGAGCCAACGCAGACGGGCACCAGCGUCGAGUGCCAUCUAUGCGGGGCAGGGGUGGACGCGGCGGAGUUCGAGGCGCUUGUCGUGACCACAGCCGGCAAGGACCACGUCCUCGGCGCCAACCUCGCUCGUGGCGGCGUGCAGGCAGACACCUCCGUUCCACCGCCAGCGAAGCGAGCUCGCGCGGUCGUCAAGGAGGCGUGCCCUCAGUGCGCCCACCCGGAGCUGCAGUACUACACGAUGCAGCUGCGCAGCGCCGACGAGGGGCAGACGGUUUUUUACGAGUGCGAGAAGUGCGGCCACACGUACUCGACAAACACCUGA